AUGCAGGCUCCAGACGGUAUAUGUGCUUCUCAUGCUUCUUUAUCUCUAUUGCAUAAAAAGUUACUACAACAAACUGCAAAUGCAAGCUCAUCAACAAAUUUGGUAUCAAUAUAUCCAGAAUUGAACCAGUAUUAUAUUGGUGUAGAUGUAGGUACUGGUUCAGCAAGAGCAUGUAUUAUAGAUAGUACAGGAAACAUUUUAUCUCUUAGUGAGAGACCAAUUCAAAAGGAAAUGUUGGUUCCAAAUUAUAUCACACAAUCAUCUACUGAAAUCUGGCAUGCAAUCUGCCAUUGUGUUCGUAAUUGUGUUAAAGAUAGUGGGGUUGAUAAGGAGCGUAUUCACGGGAUUGGGUUUGAUGCCACAUGUUCGUUGGUUGUUAUCGAUAGAGAGACACACGAAGAGAUUGGGAUUGGUCCUAACUUCCAAAACAAUGACCAAAACAUUAUAUUGUGGAUGGAUCAUCGUGCUGUAGAAGAAACCAAAAUGAUCAACAGGACUGGGUCAAAAGUUUUAAAAUAUGUGGGUGGGCAGAUGAGCAUUGAAAUGGAAAUUCCCAAAAUUAAAUGGUUACAAAAUAAUUUGCCUGCGGAAGUUUUUGCCAAAUGUGAGUUUUUUGAUUUAGCGGAUUAUUUGACAUUUAAAGCCACUGGGAAAAAAAACAGAAGCUACUGUUCCACAGUGUGCAAGCAAGGUUUAUUACCGAUUGGUGUUGAAGGUUCUGUUAAGGGUUGGGAUGUUGAAUUUUUAAAUGAAAUUGGGUUACAGGCGUUAUGCGAGGAUAAUUUUGCCAAGCUGGGUGGUGACGCUUCUUCUUUUUUAAGUGCCGGUGAGUUUGUUGGGAUUAUUAAUGAAGAAGUUGCUAAGGAGUUGGGAAUCACCACUAAUUGCGUUGUUGGAAGCGGUGUUAUUGAUGCUUACGCAGGUUGGAUUGGUACUGUUGCUGCAAAGGCAGAUGUUGACAUACCCCAGUUGGUAGAAUUGGAUAAGAAUAAAAAAGGGAUUAGCAUAGCCACGGGUAGGUUGGCUGCUGUUGCUGGUACUUCCACUUGUCACAUUGCAAUGAGCGAAAAACCGAUAUUUGUGCAAGGUGUGUGGGGUCCUUAUAGGGAUGUUAUGGCUAAAAAUUAUUGGCUAGCUGAAGGUGGGCAGAGUUGUACAGGUGCGUUGUUGGCACAUGUUCUAAGUACACAUUCUGCAUUUACUGAAUUGGCUAAACAGGCAGACACUGCAAACGUAUCUAGAUUUGAUUUUUUAAAUAGCAGGUUGGAAUACUUGAAAGAAGCUAGAGGUGAAAGAUCUGUCGUCAGCUUGGCUAGACAUUUGUUUUUCUAUGGUGAUUAUCAUGGAAAUAGAUCGCCAAUUGCUGAUCCGAAUAUGAGAGCAGCCAUUAUUGGGCAGUCUAUGGAUAAUUCCAUUGAUGAUUUAGCUAUAAUGUAUUUGGGUGCUUGUGAAUUUAUUGCACAGCAAACAAGACAAAUUGUUGAAACUAUGUGCGAGAGUGGACAUGACUUAAGAGCCAUAUUUUUAAGUGGUGGUCAAUGUCGUAACGGGUUGUUGAUGAGGUUGUUGGCUGAUUGUACUGGAUUACCCAUUAUUAUCCCCAGAUAUAUUGACGCAGCAGUUGUUUUUGGAUCUGCUUUAUUGGGUGCAGUUGCUUCUAAAUAUUUUGAUAAAGAGAGGAAAGAAAAGGGGAAUACCCCUGCUCAAUCUAGGAGAAGAAUGUCAUUAUUACACAAACAGGUUGCUCCAAAUAAUCCAGCAUUUGCAUUUAUGAAAAAGGGGCAGCUACUUGAUAGCACUUUCAGUGUGGAUAACACACCAUCACCUUAUACUGCACCAACUGCAACAGCAUCUACUUCGCAUAUAGUCGGUAGUGCAUACCCAUUUCCUAAUAUGAAUGAUUAUUUUGAUGGCGCUAGUAGUAACGAUAGUUUAUGGAAGAAGAGUUAUGGUGGAGAAGAAGAGGAAGAUGAUGAUGGAUUGCUAAGUUUUGAUACCACUGCGAAAACUAAUAAUCAAAAGGAAUUAGAAAAAGAUAAAUUUCUAUCCAGUGGUGAAAUUUUAUGGGAUGUAAUGGUGAAUUUAACGGGUGGUGGUAAAGUGGUUGUACCCAACGACAAAGAGGAUCCUGAUCGGAAGUUAUUAGAUGUUAAAUAUCAAAUAUUUUUGGAUAUGGCCAAUACCCAAAGAGAGUAUAGAAAAAAAGUUGAUGAAGUUGAAAGUUUAAACAAGAAAAUGGAAGAUUUAAAGGUUUAA